CUUGAAAGGCACACACACACAGACACACAAAUCCCAUAUGAUGUGCCUUGACGUGUAUAUGUGUGUGUGAGCGAGAACAUUUAUUUUGAUAAACGGCACAUGUAGUGCACAGCCAUACGUAAAUAUGCGACGAAUGAAAACUGCAAAAUCCAUCAACAAACCACCGCCAAUACAAGCGGCAGCAAAGAAGACCAAUUUCGAUGGCGACAAUGAUAUACAAUUUGAAGUGGAACUCUGUUGGUGUGUGCAGCAACUGCAGACGGCUCUCCAGAGCGGCAAUCUGAGCCAGAAAGUUGCCGAAGACACUUCCAAGAAUCUGAAGACGUUGACUAGCCAAACGGCGCCACUCAUAAAAAAGCGGCAGGUCAUGAAAUCGGCGCUCGGCGAUUACCGUUCGAAGAUGCAACAGGAGGAGAAAAAAAUGCUGCUAGCAUCGAAACAGAUUAAAUUCACAACGGCUAACGAAAACAAACCAAAAUCAAGCUUUGUCAAGAAGUCGGCGCUACUGACGUCCGGCAAGGACUUUCGCUUUAACUUUGCGCUGCCCAACAAUAACGAUGAGAACGAGGCAGCUGCAACCCAGGACGUGCCCCAAACGGCAGCAGCUGCCACAAGGAUCAGCAGCAGCUUGCAGCUGUCCUCUGGCAAGGAGGAGCCUUUCAGAUUCAACUUCCAAAUCGAGAAUGGGCCAGAGGACAUUAACUUCGAUGGCCUUAUGCUAAAUAGCUAAACUUAAUAAUAAAAUAUAGUUAAGUUACUAAAGAAA